GCCACCCCUCUGCUCUUCUCCAGCUGCCUGCCAGCACAUUUCCUUGGCUGCGAGUGCACACGUGUUCCCAGAGCUCACAGGUCACUGUGAAGGCCUCAGGGCUCAGGGCUCUGGGCACAGGGCUGGGCUCCGCAGCUAGUAAGGACCAAGCAUGGCGGGGAAGGGAACGCUGCUGCUAGCCUGCCUCCUCCUGCCUGGGUUCCUGCUCUCAGAGGCCGCCAAAAUCCUGACCACAUCCUCACUGGGUGGAAGCCAUUAUCUGCUGAUGGACCAGGUAUCUCAGAUUCUUCAAGAUCAUGGUCAUAAUGUCACCAUGCUUCUUUAUGGAGAAGAAUUUUUUAUCCCAGAAAAGAAUGAAAUUUCAUACGAAGUUCUAAGUUGGCUUCCACCUGAAGAUCAUAGAAAGGAAUUUAAGAAAUGUUUUGAUUUCUUUGUGACAGAAGCUCUGCAUGGCAGAGAAACAUUUGACAACUUUGUAAAGUUAAUGGGACAACUGGGGAUUCGAUGCAGUGAUUUGCUAAGGAGAGGAGAUAUCAUGGAUUUCUUUAAAAAUGAGAACUUUGAUCUGGUAUUUGUUGAAGCAUUUGACUUCUGUUUUUUCCUGAUUGCUGAGAAGCUUGGGAAGCCAUUUGUGUCAAUUCUUCCCACCCAGUUCGGCAAUGUGGACUUUGGGCUACCAAUCCCUGUGUCUUAUAUUCCAGUAUUCCGUUCCUGGCUAACCAACCCCAUGGAUUUCUGGGGCAGAGUGAAGAAUUUUCUGAUGCUCUUUGAUUUCUCCAUGAAGAAAUGGCAAAUCCAAUCUACGUUUGACAACACCAUUAAGGAACAUUUUCCAGAAGGCUCUAGGCCAGUUUUGUCUCAUCUUCUAAAGAAAGCAGAGCUGUGGUUUGUUAACUCUGACUUUGCCCUUGAAUUUGCUCGGCCCUUGCUUCCCAACACUGUGUAUGUUGGAGGCUUAAUGGUCAGACCUGUUAAACCAGUGCCACAAGAAUUUGAGAAUUUCAUUGCCAAGUUUGGAGACUCUGGUUUUGUCCUUGUGGCCCUGGGCUCCAUGGUGAAUCUCUAUCAGUCCCGGGAAGUCCUCAGGGAGAUGAACGGUGCCUUUGCUCAUCUGUCUCAAGGGGUGAUAUGGAAGUACAAUCCUUCUCACUGGCCCAAAGAUGUCAAAUUGGCAGCAAAUGUGAAGAUUGUGGACUGGCUUCCCCAGAAUGACCUCUUGGCUCACCCACACAUCCGUCUUUUUGUCACCCAUGGUGGGAUGAAUAGCAUAAUGGAGGCCAUCCAACAUGGUGUGCCCAUGAUAGGGAUUCCUGUCUUUGGAGAACAGGCCGAAAACCUGAUCCGAGUAGAAGCCAAAAAGUUUGGUGUCUCUAUCCAGUUAAAGCAGGUCAAGGCAGAGACAUUGGCUCUGAAGAUGAAGCAAGUCAUAGAAGACAAGAGGUACAAGUCAGCAGCCGUGGCUGCCAGCAUCAUCAGGCGCUCUCACCCCCUGACCCCUGCCCAGAGGCUUGUGGGCUGGAUCGACCACAUCCUCCAGACAGGGGGUGCAGCACACCUCAAGCCCUAUGCCUUGCAGCAGCCAUGGCAUGAACAGUACCUGCUGGACGUCAUCUUGUUCCUGCUGGUGGUCACCCUGGGCACCCUGUGGCUCUGUGGGAAGCUGCUGGGCAUGGUGGCCAGGUGGUUGUGUGGGGCCAGGAAGCAGAAGAAGGCCUGAUGGAGGUUCAGCCUUGACAGGUGUUUGGGGAGCCACUGGUUGCAGAUGGCUUUCCCCAGCACAGGACACCCCUGGUGUCUUCCCUGUAUUGGUACUUGAGGUUGGCGUAGAAAUAUCUCCUCAUAAUUUCCUGCCCUGUUUGGAAAUUCUUAUGAAGCAAUCUUGGGGAUUAUUUUUUCAAAUUGUGGUAAAAUACAUAUUGUAUAAAACUUCAUAUUUUAGCUAUUAAUUGUACAGUUAGUGGCAUUGAGCACAUUGACAUUAUCAUGGAAACAUUACCACUACCCACUCCAGAACAAAUUUUAUCUUCCCAAACUCAAACUGCACACCGAUGAAAUAGUAAUUCCCCAUAUCCUUGCCCCCACCACCAGCCCCACGCCUGGCAACUCCUGUUCUACUUUCUGUGUCUAUGAAUUUGAUCUUGGCUUCCUGACUUACCCCUCAUCAGUGACAUCCUCACUCAGACCCAAACCUUCAGCAAACAUCCCCACCUUCCUCCCCACUCCCUGUCCCUAGACACAGCACCCUUCUUACUUCAUCCUUGGUGUCUGACAGUCUCUCUGCCCAGUCCAGCCUCACAUUUUAUGAGAUCAGAUACUAGCCAGUACUUCCAUGUUGGGUUUUCCUCUUGUCGGUCCUUUUCACCUCACCUCCAGGAUCAGGAAGCCUGGUCUCUGUCCUGCAGCUAGGCAGGAGUGGCUCCCCCAGGACUCCACCUGUCUUCUCUGUCCCAGGUCCCUCCUGUGAAGUACUCCUCCUUGGUUGCUCAGGCCUGAAGGCUGCCUUUAGGCCACAGCUAAUGCUGUGGUUUUCACUUCUCAUAGGCCCCUUUUCAAGAUUCCCUCUCUUAAAAUGUAAUCAUGGAGACCUUACUUGAAGAUCCUGGACUUCUCCAUGAGGCUCUGGAUCCUCAGAUCCAGUGAGUAUGGCAGUUCCCAGGACUUGAUUAACUUAGGAAACAUCCAUCUGUGCCCCCACCACUACCCCCCUGCCCCCGCAAAUGUGGCACAGAAUAUCCCUCUAUACCUCUAUAGGAAUUACAUUCAGUUCCUAGCAAAAUACACCCCAAAACGUGUGCCUUAACCACCAGGAUUUUUAUAUGUUUAGUGUUUGAUUCUCUGAAAAGGGCUGGUGUGGAGGCUCCAUGUUAUUGUCUGUAGCUCCCCCCUCUUUUUUGGAGUUUUCUAUCUCCUUUAUUAGAUACCAGGCUCCCUCUCUGGUAGGUUCCUUGUAUAAUAUAUUUUACUUUCCUUCAGUUGUGCCUUCAUAUUUGCUUUUGUGUUUUCACAUGGAAUUCACUGUAUACUUAAGCAUUUCAGACGUAGAGUAUCUUGUAUAUGGAAACAUAGUGAAGAAAACAGUAGAUAUACGGGAUGGUCCCAGACACCUUAGUUUUUGAUUGCUUAAUUCUGAGGUUGUGACUACAUGUUGAAAUAACUCAAAUAGAGGAUGAAGCAGCUACUACAAAUAUUCCAUGUAACAAGGGAAAGAACCCCACCCUUGGGAAUAUUAUGAUAGGAUAACGUAACAUUCUGGGUAGAAUGUCCCUGGUGCCAGUGUGUAGUGAGUUCUGUGUGUUCUCAUGCUGCACCAUGUCACCUACAGCCACAAGCAUGUCACAUGAGGAAGUGUGUGUGUGUGUGUGUGUGUGUAAUUCAAGGUCUUAGUUCUGCAAUUCUUAUGAAAUCUCUGAAACUGGUUUCUGGCAAUAGUUCCUUGAAAAGCAGACCUGAAGGUUUCUCUGUGUUGUCAUUAGAAUAAAUAGAUAAGAUGUUUUCCCCUCGUAACCAACAAAAGGACCAAGGGAUGAGGCUUCCAGCUGAUGUUCCCACUACCACCAUGUCAUCCUCCCUGAACACUUAUAACUCAGUAAGGCCAACUCUGUGCCUGCUGCUUCCUAAGCUCCACUCCCACCCAGGAAAUCUGAUCAAAGGGAGCCAGUGAACCAGGAUGAUGCCUCUAAUCUCCUUACAUCAAAACCUUAUCCUCUGAGCUGUCAGCAUGGCCUUGAUGGUAUGAACGUCUGAUCUCAUCAUUCCCUGGUUCAGAUCUUUUGUCAGUUCUCAUUGCAUAGAAUACAAUCUCUCUGUGAUUGGUUUCUGGCUACCACUCCAAAUGUAUCUUGCAAUUCUGAAAUAGACCCACAUGGACAUGUCAGUUGAUUUAGACAAAGGUGCAAAGACAAAUCAGUGGGAAAAGAGAAAUCUCUUCAGCAAAUUAUACUGGAACAAUUGAUAUCUGAAUGGUCUUUCAUUUUUACUUAAUGACAUACACCAAACGACAUUAACUGUCACUGCAUAUCAUACACAAAAAUUAACUCAAAGUGAAUCAUUGACCUAAAAGCAAACCCUGAACGUUCUAAAGGAAAAUCACUGUAGUCCUUUGGUAGAACAGAUUUAUCAUUUAGAUCACACAAGCUCAAAUCAUAAAAGAAAAACAUUUGAUUAACUAAACUUUGUCAAAAUGAAAAAACUUUUUUACUCUUAAGACAAAUAUAUAAGCUAUCAACUGGGAGAAAAUAUUGCAGCACAUUUCUCAAAGAACUUGUAUCUAGAAGAUACAAAGAACUUGUAUCAAAGCAAAUCUUACAACCAGUACAAAAAUGGACAAAAAAUUUUGAGCAGACACUUCUCAAUAGAAGAUAUGCAAUGACCAAUAAUCACAUGAAAAAUUACUAGACAUAUUAGUCACUAGAGAAAUACAAAAUAAAACCACAGUGUCACAGCACAUCUACUGGAACAGCUACAAUGAAAAAACUGAUCAUAUGAGUAGUUAGCAAGAAGACGGAGCUACUGGGGCUCACAUCCAUUCCAUUACUGAGAGGGGGUGUGAAAUAGUGCAGCCACACAGGAAAAUCACUCCACAAUUUCUCAGUUCAGCACAUACUGACCACAUGAUCCAGCCAUUCCACUUCUGGUAUUUACUCAAGUUAAUGAAAGCCUCUGUCCAUGUGGAAAUCUGUCCACAAUGUUCAUAAUAACUUUAUUUAUAAUAACUCCAGACUAAGA